GGCAAGUUGUCGGGCGGCGGCAUGUUCAGCUGGAUGGGGCGGCAGGCGGGCGGGCGCGAGCGCUCGGGCGGUAUGGACGCGGUGCAGACGGUGACGGGAGGCCUGCGCUCACUCUACCAACGCAAGGUGCUGCCGCUGGAAGAGGCGUACCGCUUCCACGAGUUCCACUCGCCAGCGCUGGAGGACGCCGACUUCGAAAACAAGCCCAUGAUCCUGCUGGUGGGCCAGUACAGCACGGGCAAGACCACUUUCAUCAGAUACUUACUGGAGCAAGAUUUCCCAGGCAUGAGAAUUGGUCCAGAGCCAACCACAGAUUCCUUCAUUGCUGUGAUGUAUGGGGAGACCGAGGGAAGUACCCCUGGGAAUGCUUUAGUUGUGGAUCCCAAAAAGCCAUUCCGAAAGCUCAGUCGCUUUGGAAAUGCUUUCCUGAACAGAUUCAUGUGCUCACAGCUGCCCAACCAGGUUCUGAAGAGCAUCAGCAUCAUCGACAGUCCUGGCAUCCUGUCUGGGGAAAAGCAGCGCAUUAGCCGAGGGUAUGACUUCUGCCAGGUCUUACAGUGGUUUGCCGAGAGGGUUGACAGGAUCAUCCUGCUCUUUGAUGCUCACAAAUUGGACAUCUCAGAUGAGUUCUCAGAGGCGAUCAAAGCCUUCCGGGGCCAGGAUGACAAAAUCCGAGUGGUACUGAACAAGGCUGACCAAGUGGACACACAGCAGCUGAUGCGAGUCUAUGGGGCCCUCAUGUGGUCUCUGGGUAAGGUCAUCAACACACCCGAAGUACUUCGAGUCUACAUUGGCUCCUUUUGGGCACAGCCUCUGCAGAAUACAGACAACCGCCGGCUCUUUGAGGCUGAAGCACAGGACCUCUUCAGAGACAUCCAGAGCCUGCCCCAGAAGGCUGCAGUGCGCAAACUCAAUGACCUCAUCAAGCGAGCAAGGUUGGCCAAAGUCCACGCCUACAUCAUCAGCUACCUGAAGAAGGAAAUGCCCAGUAUGUUUGGAAAAGAAAAUAAGAAGCGAGAACUUAUCUUCAGACUUCCAGAAAUCUAUGUUCAGCUGCAGCGAGAAUACCAGAUUUCUGCAGGGGACUUCCCUGAGGUCAAGGCCAUGCAGGAGCAGCUUGAGAACUAUGACUUCACCAAGUUCCACUCACUGAAGCCCAAGCUGAUCGAGGCUGUGGACAACAUGCUGACCAACAAGAUCUCAUCCCUGAUGAGCCUCAUUAGCCAGGAGGAGAUGAACAUGCCCACGCAAAUGGUGCAGGGUGGUGCCUUCGAUGGCACCACAGAGGGGCCCUUCAACCAGGGCUAUGGGGAGGGAGCCAAGGAGGGUGCUGAUGAGGAAGAGUGGGUCGUGGCUAAAGACAAGCCUGUGUAUGAUGAACUCUUUUAUACACUGUCACCCAUCAAUGGCAAGAUAUCAGGUGUCAAUGCCAAGAAGGAAAUGGUGACCUCCAAGCUGCCCAACAGUGUCCUGGGCAAGAUCUGGAAGCUGGCCGACUGUGACUGCGAUGGCAUGCUGGACGAAGAGGAGUUUGCACUGGCCAAGCACCUCAUCAAGAUCAAGUUGGAUGGCUAUGAGCUCCCAAACAGCCUGCCCCCUCACCUUGUGCCCCCCUCGCACAGGAAGUCCCUGCCAAAGGCUGACUGAGAGUACAGAGCUGGGAUGGGAGGGGUGGUGCCUGGGCCUGAAGUCUGCUCUGCCACUGACUUGCUGAAUGUCCUUGGCCAAGAUUCUGUCCUCUCCGUGACUCAGUUUCCUCAUAUGUAGGGCAGGGAGGGCAGAUUCUGGACACUAGAUAAUGUCCUUAUACCUCUAAAGUCCCUAAGUUUCUAUCAAAAUAUUAAGAAGACAAAAAAUAAAAAAAAAUUAAGAAGAGCAAUAUAUAGAUAUGAAGAUAAAGGUCUAAGAAGAAAAAGAAAUUAUCCAAAGAAUAUAGGUGUGACACAGGCUGGCGAACUCUGGGGACUCAGGGAGUGAGGAAGCUCAUUGGAGUCUUCAGGGCUGUGCUGGACAGUUCAUUACCAUGAACCUCUGUCCUUCACAGGCACUGAGAGGCGGCAAAUGACCUAAUUUAUUUUUCUUACUGUGUUUCCUGCUCUAGCUAGAGAGGGAACAGAGCAGAGAGCUUCUGCUCUCCACAGACUGACACCAAAGAGAAGACUGAUCCCCAGGUUUGAAAGAGGAUGUGCCAUGUCUGUGGGCCAUCUGCAGCCCCCAGCAGAGUAGGCAGCCAGGCCAGGAGAGCCAGUGUUGUCCCAGCACCUGCUGCCUGAUCCUGCCAAGCCUCCCGCUCAGCAAAGUCGGAAUUCACAAACUGUGGCCCCCUGGAAGACCUCUAGACCUCAAAUCACGCUGAAGCCCGGGCACUGCCUCCUUGCAUUUCAUCCAUAGGUUACAGCAGAGCUAAUUUAUCAGACGUAAGGAAAGAGACAGUUCCUGUCUGUCACUAAGUGUGCCCUUUGACCACUGAAUGUCCCCAAGGCUUUUGGGUAGGUGGUAGAAUUUAAAUUCAAUAAAGCCAUGUCUUGAUUUGUGUGGAGUCCCAGAGCCUUUGGACCCAAGUAAAGAGACCAGCCCCAUCCUGAGCCAUCAAUGGAAGAGAUCAGUGUCUUGGUAUUGAUGCUUUGGUUUGAUUUUUAAAGAAAAAAAUGCAUUUUAUUGUGUCCAGUUGUGUUUUUCUCACACAAUGAAGCCUGUGCAGAAAUCUCUCUGUAACACCUUUUCUUCCAAGCUAUACACUUCACAUCAGGAGUGCCCAUCUGGGGCCAGGAUCAGGCUGCUUCUGACUGCUCAGUGUUCUCUCCCAAGCCCUUGAAUUUCUCUGCCCCACUUAUUCAGGCACAGGGGCUGCUUCUACUGUACCCUGCUCUGUGGCACAGCUGAGGAGCACUGUCACCAUCACUGACAAAGCAGGAGUCACAGCACAGCAGUGACCACAUGGCCCAGCCCCAACAGCACCAGAAAUGAAUGAAUGUGAACCUUCACAAAAACACUCCAACCCCUAAUUGUUUGCCUCUGGCAACCUCAGGGUCAGAACCAGUGACAAGAGAAAAUGCUAGAAGCUCACCCCUGUUAUCCCAGCACUUGAGAGGCAAAUGGAGGGGGAUUACCAUGAGUUCGAAGCCAGCCUGAGCUACAUCCUUAGUGUUAUGGUAGUCUGUGUAAAACAAGAGUACUUACGUCAUCACUCACGUUCCCUAUCUUACUGUCUAAAUAAUUGCUCUAAGAGAAACAUGGUGCCCUUUACUCUGAAAGCAUGUUCUUACUAAUUGGACACACACAGGUGAACAUUUGAUCCUGGGGCUGUAACUGAAUGUGGGCAUUUUUGUGGUGUGAAGACCCUGGUGUCCACAGAGUGGUGAUGCCUUGGGGCUGCCUUUCCUCCCAAGUGUCUUCUGCUUUCUCUGCACAGUUGGCAUAUAUCUACC